CUACAGUCUGUGCUUCUUGGUCAGUGAAAACCGACGAAAAUAUAACUUUUUUAGAAUGGGUCUACUUCGAGGUUACCUCGCUUUAAUAAUGAUGCUGGGUUUGGUCAUCUCCGGAACCCAAGCAGCUGUGUCCCGGAAAUGCCUGAGUUGCAUAUGCCAGGUCGAAACAUCUGCUGCCUGCACGAACCCAUUUCCCUCGUGUCACCGGGAUGGGCGUACAGACUCUUGUGGACCUUACCAAAUCAAGGAGAACUACUGGAUUGAUGGGGGACGACGUGGAAGUGGUUGGAGAACAUGCGCGGCUUCCAGGUCCUGCAGUGAGAGCACUAUUCAAGGAUACAUGGCACGAUACGCUGUUUACAGACACCUCAGACACACGCCUACUUGCCAAGACCACGCUCGUAUCCACAACGGUGGGCCUAACGGGUUCAAAAGAAGUAGCACACUCAUCUAUUGGUCACGAGUGCAAAAUUGCUGCUCGCGUGGAAGUGGCAGUUGCUAAAAUUACCAUUAAUUUUGAUACAGGCCCAUGAAUACGCAUACGUAUUUUUUGCUAAAAAAUAUGGCCUGUCAUUGGAGUACACCAUUUAAAGUUGUUUUUCAUGUUAACUUCUUUCAGUCUGUCUUCAUGUAUAGGCACUAAGAAUAGCCUACUAGAAACUACUACUGAAAUUUAAAUGAUAUAAAUGUUUGCUGAGAUAGUUUCUGACACUUUUGACGAUGACGUCCUGGCUUGAAAAAAUGCUAGCUUGUGUUUUUGUCUUUACAUUGGUGGAGUGAUUGCUUUCAUUCAUUAUUUCAUAAAAUAUUAAUAAAGACGUGUUUCUCAAACAAACUACAUCAAAAAUAGCUCGUAGCAUGCAGCAAAUUACUGUAGGCCUAUGUUAUAACAAUAUCUAGAGUUAUCUGAAUUUGAUCUGGAUAAUUAAUAAAAGCAAAGCAAAGAAGCAUAA